UAGUUGUGUGAUAUAGCGGCGUAUGGACACUAACAAAACAUUAAUGCAGCCAAAGCAACCCCCCAUCAUAUCUCUCUUGGCCCCCCAUGAUAUAUGAACAGAAGUUACAGAACAGUAGCAGUGGGGGUACACCCUAUACCCUCCCUGGGGGACCUCUGAAUACUUCGAUCAGAGUAACGGUGCGGUGCCAAACUGAUCAGAUCACACACUUCAGACUACAGUCAAACAGAGCCCUUGCUUGCUUUGCUUGUGUCUUCAACUUCAGAGACCCCCUCCUACCCUCAAAAAAUUUCCCCUUUCUUUUCCUCCGUUUCUUGCAGCGACAAGAGAAAUACUAAUACUCCUCCUCCUACUACUGCUACUGUGCAAGGGGAAGGACACGACGACGAAUUGGAGAGCGGCGUCCUCUCUGAUCCUUUUUUUUCCUUUAUUGCAUCUCUCUCUCUCUCUCGCCAUUUUUCUUCUAGGUUGGUCUCUGGAUCAGGCCAUUGAGGGGGAAAGAAAAGGUGCGGGUUUUGGGGGGAGGUUGUUCUUGCGGGAGGCCGUUGAUUUCGCCGUGUGAUCGGAGAUUUUGGUCUUCAGGGAGUGAAAAGGAGAUGAAUGAGAAGGACGCCACUGAUUUGGAGGAGAGGAGUGAGGCCAGUGAGCACGGCCAAGCUCUGAGUUUCCAUGGUGGUGCCAUGUUCUUGCAAGAGGCUCAGAUUGCUUCUCCUGCAGCUGCAAAUAAUGCAUUGACCUCCAUGGCGAAUCCUUUCCCUAUCCCUCCUGGGUUGUGGAAUCCACCUUCACACAACAUGGGUUUAGGCGAAACCAGUUUUUCAUCCUUGUUGGGGAUGCUGUCGGCCGGCGCGCCGCCACCGUUUGUGGCUACUCCCGGGUUUGUAGAUUCCACGGCGGGGUUUCCUUGCUACAAUGGAGGCAAUCUUGGAGCCAUGAUCAAUCACCCUUUCCCUGGUAUCCACCAGCCUUUGGGUGAUUUCCAAAACGGCGUCGAGCCAUGUAGGGAGAUUGAGGAUAUUGAGAUUGAAGGAUCCAAGAAUGUGUCACAAACUGGUGAGAAGCAGCAAGGGGAUGGUGAGACAACGCAUGCCGUCGAUUCCUCCUCCAAGGAGCUAAGCAUGCCAGGGCGCAAUGGUGGCGCUGGCCAUGAUGAGGGGACUAGGGUGUCUUGUUCCAAGAAGAGGAAAAGAUCAGGACAGGAUGGUGGGGUGAAGCAUGCAGAAGGUGGUGAGCAAUUAGCAACUGUCGGUUCAGCGCAGAAGAAUGAGGAUGAUGAAAAGGGUGAACCAAAGAGGUCUUCUGUGGCGUCCGGGAAAUCCAGUGGGAAGCAAAUAAAGGAUAAUGCAGGUUCACCAAAGGAAGACUAUAUACAUGUAAGAGCACGGCGCGGUCAGGCUACAAACAGCCAUAGUCUUGCCGAAAGGGUUAGGAGGGAGAAGAUCAGUGAAAGGAUGAAAUAUCUUCAGGAUCUUGUUCCUGGUUGUAGUAAAGUAACUGGUAAGGCUGUUAUGCUGGAUGAGAUAAUUAACUAUGUUCAAUCAUUACAGAGGCAGGUUGAGUUUUUGUCGAUGAAGCUAGCAAGUGUCAAUCCAACACUGGACUUCAACAUAGAACGCAUUUUAUCUAAAGAUAUUUUUCAAUGUCGAGGCACUACUGCAUCAUCUGCCUUUGGCUUCUUCCCAGACAUUGUUCAUCCCCGAUUACACCCACCAAAAUAUACACAAGUUGGGAUGCCCAGCAUUGUGAACCCCACUGAUGCAUUUGGAAGAGUAAUCCAUGCUCCAUUAGGAACUAACAGUGCAUUCAAAGAACCUAAACAUCAGGUUUGUACCAUCACUUGCAUUUGGCUAAAUGGCCAUUUUCAUUUCAUGCUCUUUAUACCAAAUACUGUGUUCAUGAAAAAUAGGACAAGUUUCUGCAAGAUGUUCCAAGACCUAAUUUAGUGUUAUAUGGCUUGGUGUUUCGAGAAUACUGCUCCACAGAUAGUCGUUGAAAAGAAUGUCCACAUAAUAUUUUAAACCAAGAAAAGCUAGUCCCCUUUAUAUCCUUUUGCUGGGUCUUGCUUCACUACCCAUCUUUCCAAAAAGUUCGUGGGUCUUAAAAGCAAAGCAAACUAGAUAACAUAACUAAACUGAGACAUUUUAGACAACAAACAAAAUUCCUACUAUCUGUUUUUCAUAACUAGCCAGAUUGUGCCUGAUUCUUUUGGCCAUGCAAGCUGUUUGAACCUAGUCCAUCAAUCAGUCUCUUUAGCUUCUGACUCAUUAACCCUCUUCAACCUGAUUUUAGUGGGAAGAGCAUUGUUGAUGUUAACCGACAUUGUAACCUCAGUAGCACUAACCAUUUCACUAGUAAACCAACUAAAAAUGUACAAAUGCAGCUUGUUAUAUAUCUAAUUGUAUCUUCAUCACUACAUAUUUGCCUUCACAGUUAUCUAAAACAUAUGCUUUCAUAUUCAUAAACAUUUUUUUGGAAAGCGGAGUACCAAAGCACUGUUUUAGUAUUUUGCAAUCCUCUUAUUACUU